ACAGCCACCAGAAGCAGCCACUACUAACUAAAUAUAAAGUAAUGAUCACCAACCAUAUCUUUUUGUUUUGACAAUAGAAAGCUAUAUGGUUAUCUAUUCUCAUCCAUUUAGGAAAUCUAAUUCACAAUCAUGUUAGAACAACAUACAGUCAUGUCACUGCACCCAAUCAUGCUCUCUAUCACAACCAUUCUCAUUUCCUGUGCUGUUAUCUACAUGUUAAAGAAGCUAAUAAUUAAGAGGUCUGCUGAUAGAUCAAACAUAAAGCUCAAUCUACCACCUUCUCCACCCAAGAUUCCAAUCUUUGGAAACAUUCAUCAGUUAUCUCCGAUACUUCACCAAUGUUUUCAUCGCAUGUUUUUGAACCACUCAUGCUUUUGAAUUUGGACCACUCAUGCUUUUGAAUUUGGGUGAAAAACGUAUACUCGUAGUUUCAUCUGCAGAGAUGGCAACUCAAAUCGUAAAGACUCAUGAUCUUACCUUCGCCGAUAGGCUUUGUACAAAAGCUGCAAAAAUUAUGUUUUUUGGUGGAAAUAACAUAGCUCUAGCUCCAUAUGGUGAGCAGUGGAGACAACUUAGGAAGUUUUGUGUUCUUGAAUUGUUGAGUACUAAGAGGGUCCAAUCUUUUAAGUACGUUAGAGAAGAAGAAAUAUAUAAAGUGGUGGAGAAGAUAGCCUAUUCGUCCAGAAAGGGGGAAAUGAUUAAUCUGAGUGAGACGUCGUUCACUUUGUCUAACUCCAUUAUAGUCAGGUGUUCACUUGGGGAUAACUUUAACAAAGAUUACAUAGAGAGAUUCUUAAAGUUGAUUACGAAGGCGACGGCGUUGAUAGAGUCUUUCAGUUUUGGAGAUUUCAUUCCCUGGCUUAUAUGGAUGGAUACUGUCACUGGGUUGAACAGGCAGCUUACGAAAACCUCUCAAGAACUAGAUACUUUCUUUAACCAAAUCAUUGAUGAUCAUCACCUUGACGACGACAAAGAAGACAAGAGAAACUUCAUAGAUCUACUUGUUCUUCAUGCUGAGCAUGAUAACCUCAGCCUCACCAGAGAUGCUAUGAAAGGAAUAAUUAUGGACAUGUUUGUUGGUGGAAGCGAUACGUCUCCAACUGUCAUUGAAUGGGCAAUGGCAGAACUUAUAAAGAAUCCGAAGCUGAUGAAGAAAGCACAAGAAGAGGUAAGAAGAGUGGUUGGCAACAAAACCAAGGUGGAAGAGGAUGACAUUAAUCAAAUGGACUACUUGAAGUGCAUUGUUAAAGAGAGCCUACGCUUGCAUCCGCCUUUGCCGAAUUUGAUUUCAAGAAACUCCACUGCUAAUGUUAAUAUCGGAGGUUAUGAUAUCCCACAAAAUACAGGCGUUUUCAUCAACGUUUGGACAAUUCAAAGAGACCCCAAGUUUUGGGACAAGCCGGACGAGUUUUAUCCUGAAAGAUUUGAAAACAAUCUUGUGGAUUUGAAAGGUCAAGAUUUUCAAUUUUUUCCAUUUGGGUCUGGAAGAAGAGGGUGUCCAGGUAUAUCAUUUGGACUUGCAGUGGUGGAAUUUGCUCUUGCCAACCUCUUGUACAACUUCGACUGGAAAUUGCCUGGCGGUGCUAGCGCUGAGGAACUGGAUAUGACCGAAGGUUUUGGUAUCACUGUUAAUAGGAAGAUACCUCUGCAAGUUGUUCCUGUGUUGUUCCGAUCAGCUUCAUCUUAGUCUCCCUCUCUAUAUGCAAUAUCCAUAGAAUUACAUGAAGUACCAAAAAAAUGUGCAUUGAGAUGCUGGAACUCUAGUACUGUACCCAUGGAAUAAACUGGAAAUGCUGCCUGCAUUUUCCGCAACAAAAUUAGGAUUAUGCACACACAGUGUUGAACCUUAAGUUGUAAUUAGGAUUUGAGUGUGUUCAGCAUCUUUGGUUGGGAAAGCUGGUGUUACUGAGUUGCAAACUUUUGUAGAUUCUGAAUGCGUGAAAAGAUAACUACAUGUUAACUUAUUAAUAUCACCAUUGGAUUAUUAAGAAGACAA